AACCCAUCAGUCAGGACUUAAAGGGCUUUUCUUCUCGCUGUUACAGUAAUAUCCUCCGGUUUCAUCGAGGUCUUUGGGGUUCAGGGCACACACAAACAGUUAAACCAGAAAGGGAGAGGGUUUUGUCUUCAGCUCAGCGGGUCAUUUCAGACAAAUCCCUCUUAGAUGCAGGUGGUCGGGCACAAGCAAAGAGUUAAGUCCCGUUGUCCCGUUGCUCCUCCUCUUUGAUUUUCUGACAUCAUCAGUCCUGCCCCCCUGAAAGAUCUCCUUUCCUCUCCUCAGACCCCUUCACUUUUCCACAGAGGAAUGUUUUAUGGAAAGCCUCGCAGGCCCCCGCCGACUGUUUGCGUGAAGAACAAAGCCAUGCUCUGAAGGACCCUCUGCGUCUGGGACCACGGCGGAUGCCACAGGUGUCGCCUCAACAGAUAUGGCUGUUCAGACCGCAAUCAUGAACCCCCAGUUCAUGAGCUUCUGCUUCCCCGAUGCUGUGAUGGAGUACGACAUGGAGAAAAGCCCGGACGGGGGUCUCCUGUGCGAGGCGGAGAACGACGGCGACUUCAAAGAGACCACGAGAGACCUGCUGAGCUUCAUCGACUCGGCCUCCAGCAACAUCAAGCUGGCCCUGGACAAGCCGGUGAAGUCCAAACGGAAGGUCAACCACCGGAAGUACCUGCAGAAGCAGAUCAAACGCUGCACUGGCAUCAUAGGGCCCGGGAACGCAGCGGAGGCCCCGGCGAAAAGACAGGGGUCCCCGGGGUCUCAGCCGAGCCCUCUGCAGAGCAAAACCCUUCCCAAGCGGGACGGGCUCCAGGCCAACUUACAGAGCAAGAGCCUGGCGGCGCUGUUCAACCCCGGGAAGGAUGUAAAAGGAGAGAAGGCAAAGAAGCCCCCGCUGAGGCACCGCAAUCUGCCGCCCUCUUUCUUCACCGAGCCCGCCCACUGCUCCAAAGUCAGCUCCACGUCCGGGAUGACCCUGAAGGACCUGGAGCGGGGCAACCCCGAGGCCGCGGACUUCUUUGAGCUCCUGGGACCCGAUUACAGCAACAUGAUGAGCGAGCAGGACCUUUACCAGGGCGCGCCUCUGAGGGCGCAGCCGGACCUGGGAGUCAUGGAUCCUGGUUCCUACGAUGCUCACCAUUUAGUCGGUGGUCUCCUUUACUCUGAGCCCUGGACUGGCUGCUCAGGACCCUCUAAAAAACUGGUCACAAGCCCGGCCCCGCCUGCAGGCUACUGUCAGUCUGAGGACGCCUCUGGACCUGUGGACGACAACGGACUGUGCACUUUGGCUUUCUCAAACUUCUUCACAGACUGCUCCAUACCUCAAGUUGCUUAUGAUUUAAACUGUGGAUAUAACAAAGGAAACUACUCCAGUCUAUGAGAAACUGACAGGUGUGUUGUUAGACGUGCAGAAAGAGUUCUAACUUUAACAGUUACAAAGCAACGGGAAAAUCUGAAGCAACUUCACAGCGAAGAGUCCGGCUGAGCUCCUACAAAAUAAAACUUCAGAUUUGUUACAAAAUGGGUUUAUAACGUCACUCUGCAACACAAAGCAUCUAACUUUAGGUUUCUGAGGGCUGUCAAUCAAAUAUGACCUCAGUGUUUUCCUGUUGUCCAGCAGUAAAACACACAAACUGCAGAUAAAUCCACAUCCACAGUUGAGCUGCUGACAAAACAACAGAUGCACUUUUCUCCCAACAAUCCUGUAAAGCAGCGACAGAAACGGGACAACUAAUUUUUUUUGCUAAAAUAAUUAUUUGUAUUUGUUUGCCUCACAGAUUAUUUCUGCUGUUCUGAAUUGUAUUUCAGCUGGCAGAAUGAAGACAUCUUUAUUGACCUUUAGGGAGAAGAAACUUUAUGGUAUCUAGCUAUGUUGUAAUAUGACAAAAUAAAGCUGGUCUUUAUUA